CAAAUUUCGCAACCCCACGGACGCGUGCCGAGUUUUCCGCGAUCCCGCGGCAUUGGGGUCAAUGUCGCGAAAACGCGUGGUAAACUUUGCCUUCGAUCGGCAAUUUUUCUGAUAAGCAGAUGCGUUCGCCGCUGUUAAAGGUCGCUCGGUCACGAGGUUGCGACAAACGGAGGAGAUAGAUGAAACGCGCUGGGAUCUCGCGAGUUUCUAUGUUGGAAAUUAUCAACGAAUUACCUAGAUUUUACCAGCCGCAUUUUUCUACCAUGAAAACCGGCGAGACGCGAACGAUCGACAAAUUGGACUGCGUUGACCCUUCGUUAAGAAGGAAACGUUAGGAAGCGAAGCGGGGAACGCGGCGAGUCGAGGCGUGGCGAUGCAUAAACUGUCGCACUCGACGGACUCGUGAAACGUGUUUGCGCAGUCACGUUGGCAACAGCAGCAGGGAAUAACUUCCAUUGGACGGUAGUCGGGUUGCGUCGCGUUCAGUUGCCUUCUACCGCCUCGAGUUUGCGCAAACCUACUCGAACGCAAUCAACUGCGAAUAAUCUCGAAUCGAAAGAAAUAAUCAUUGUUAAUAAUUAUCCAGUAAUCGCGUACCUGGCCAUUUCUUUGCGGAAGGAAGGGCUUUGCACGGACCCGGAAGAAUCGCCGGACAACGGCAGCGUCGUUUCGUUCGAUCAUCGGCGCAGGUCAGUCGCCGCGACGCGUCGCUCUUCAGGGUACACUCCUGUUUGUCAGAGUCUCAGGCAAACCUGGUGCGCGGUUUGAGCAAACUCUUAGGCACGGGUUUUCAAGUGCAAACGUGCACGCGACCGGCGUCUGGCGACCAACGAUCGCCCGUUUGAGAAGCGGCUGAAGGAUUGGCGAACUGCUGGCCCCCUCAGUCGGUCGUCGAGAGUCGAGAGCGAAACCAUUCGCGUUCUCUCGCGUUUGCCGCUCGGCCGUUCGCGUUGCUUCAGCAAACUCGAUCCAACUUGAGGACUUCGAGGGAAAACGAGUGCGUCGAAUCGGAGUAACGAUGUCGACGUCGGCGGACCUGGUCGGCUACACGCACGACUUCCUAGCGGAGUUCAUACAGCUGUACCGAAGCUAUCCCUGCUUGUGGCAGAUCAGGUACAAGGGAUACAAGGACAGAUUGCUGAGAAACCGUGCAUACGAUGCCCUUGUUCAAAAACUGAGAGAGGUGAAUCCGGUCGCGAACAGAGAGACCGUGAUACGAAAGAUCAACACUCUGAGGACCGCGUUCAGGAGAGAGUACAAGAAGGUGAGGGCAUCGCAGAGAGUGGUAAAGAAUCCUCGACGACGUUACAGAUCCUCGUUAUGGUACUACGACAUAUUAAAGUUCGUCGCGGAACAGAACGAAGCGAGCCCGUUCGACGAGGAGGGGGAUAUUACGAACGCCUCGGCAUCGAUGGAUCUCUGUCAAGAGGAGAUGUCCGUCCAAACCGACGUAGACAAGAUCGAACCACCGUCGCCCGUACCGACACCGGAAGCCAGCCCGCUCCCAACGUUCCAACCGGUGAUCCUGGAAACCGAGGGUUCCUACUCGAGAAGGAUCUCCUCUUCGACGAUCGAGCCGUGUCGAAGGAAAUAUCAGCACGAAAGUUAUCAGGAUCGUCAAACGAAGGAACAGAGCAGAGAACUUUCCCCGAGACCGUUCGCUACCUGCAUGACGGACGAUGAUUUCGAAACGUUCGGUCGUUACGUGGCAAGUAAAUUGAGGAAAUCGAUGCCACGGCAGUGCAUUAUCGCCGAGAAGAUAAUCGCCGACGUUCUUUUACGGGCGAAUCUUGGCACCUUGGAAGAAACCACUUGUCUUACGGAGAAAGUACCCUCACGUUGCUUCUUGGUUAUGGGCGAUCGUUAAUCCAGCCGAUAAAUCACGAUUCCUCGUGUAUUUUACCCCGUUUAAAACGAUAUCCAAAAUUCCGCGAUCCUUCGUCGCUAUGCUUUUAAUUUGGAAUCCAAGAAUUCCUAGAUAAAUUGGAGAACUAUCGGGAGGGAAAUUUUAUUCCACGAUCCGUUCCGAUCGCGUUAACCGUCUGAAACUUUUGCCAUAAAGGUUUCAACUUAAUCGCUCGACCCUUAUCACGUCUAAACGAGUUGCGCACGAGUUAGGUGCUCGUUCCUUUCAAUUUCUUUAAACUUUUCGGCUGAAAAGUUUCAGCCAUAUUUUUCGCCCCGUUCGCAACACGUUUGUGAUAAGCGUCGGUUACGAUGAUGAUAGUUAAUGUUUAUUGGAAAAAUUUGCAACACAGUGUCUCCUAUAUUUUAGCAGCGAGAUUGACGCGAAGACGAGGUGGCCGAGUGGUUAAGGCGUUGGACUGCUAAUCCAAUGUGCUCUGCACGCGUGGGUUCGAAUCCCAUCCUCGUCGAUAAAAGAAAAUCUUUUUUGCCUGUCUUCGAGAGUGAAAUAUAUUUAAUCGAUUCUUUUUUUCUUUUACAAUCAUGUUACUUGGAAUGGAAUUCAUGAAUCCGAUUGUAAAUAAUUAAUAGUCAGUUAAAAUGCAUUACAG